AUGAUAUCCUCAUCAAAUGGGAAAGCUCCAUCUACCUCCAAACCGGCCGGGGCUGCCGCUCGAGAUGGGGUCUAUCCCCUCUCCCCUGGAUCAGACGACCCCCACCUCCCCUCUAUCGACCAGAACCCCUACGCCCCCUCCUCAACCUCGACAUCAAGCCUCAAGCCCUCGUCUCAAGUCAAAGAUGCCCUCUACUCGCCAAUAGCGCGAUACCCCCAACCCUCCUCCCACCCUUCAUCGACGGGGUUCCCUCCACCGCGCCUUACCCCCUCCCCCUCCCCCUCCCCCUCCCCCUCUGGCCUCUCGACGCUCGACCGCCUUCUGACAUCUCUCGGUAUCCCCGCACCCGUACUCACCCUCAUCAAAGCCAAUACUGGCCUCCUCCUCGUCGCCUCCUCCCAGAUCUUCUUCGUGGGGAUGGGAUUGACUGCCAAAUUCUUCGUCAGUUCGACCUCAUUGUCGACAUUCACGCUCAUCUUCGUCCGCAUGUCCAUCACCGCCCUCUUCUCCGGCCUCUGGCUACACUACACCGGCAAUCCAAAUCCAUUCCUCGGUCCGCCUGAUCCGCGAAUACGGAGACUGCUCGUCUUGCGCGGCUUUAUGGGAUUUGGCGGUCUCUUCUCCAACUACCAGAGUCUGCGAGGAUUGAGCGUGAGCGAUUCAGUGACGAUACAAUUCUUAGCGCCGAAUAUCACGGCCGUGCUGGGCUGGGUGGUGCUCGGGGAGGUACUGGGGUGGAGGGAGAUCAGUGCGGGCGUGGCGUGCCUGGGAGGGGUGUUGUUGGUUUCGAGGCCGCCGUUCUUGUUUGGGACCGCGGCUGGGGCGGAAGGGGGGGAUGCGGGCAUCACACAUGCGGAUAGGCUGUUGGCGGUCGGAUGGGCUUUUGUGGCCGUGUCGUUUGCUUCGUGUGCUUACAUCACGAUCCGCAAGAUUGGCAAACAAGCACACGCGAUGCAUUCGAUGUUGUACUUUUGCUACGCUUGCCUCAUCACCAGCUUCAUCGGUACGAUCGUCCAAUUCAGAUCUUUCGUGUUCAUACAAUCCUGGAAAGAGUUCUGGUUGAUCAUGCUCAUCGGUGUAUUCGGCUUCAUUGGCCAAAUCCUGCUCACCUUCGGACUCCAACGUGAAAAAGCCGGACGCGCAAGUCUGGCAAUGUACCUCUCCCUCUUCUACUCGCUCAUCUUUGAGUUGGUGUUCUUUGGGACGGUACCGCCGUUCUUGAGUCUCCUAGGGGCGUUUAUCAUCAUCGUCUCCGCUGUUUGGGUUGCGGUAUGUCUUCUUCCAUUUCCCCAGAAUUUGUUCCACUUCAUUCUCCCAUUCUGA